GAACAAGCUGAAAGUCACGGGCACUCCCUUCUUCAUAGUCACCUUCCUCGUUGGAGCGACCGGUUUUAAGUCCAAAAGGAGGUGUCAGUGAGUGUUUGCAGGUUGGAAGAGGAAGGCGGUAGUAACGGCGAGCGGUCUCCGUAACCUGUUCGCUGGUGCACGGCCAGUUCGGCACACAGAUGGGAGUCCUUUACUCGGAGCCCCUCUGUGAAGCAGCAUAUCAGAAUGAUUUCAAGGAGCUGAAGGAACUACUGCUAACAACUGAUGUGAACCAACAAGAUGCACACUAUGGGGACACUGCAUUGAUUGCUGCAUGCAGAACAGGCAGGGUUGAAAUUGUACAAUAUCUACUGAGAAAAGAAGCUAAUGUUAAUCUCAGGAACAAGAAAAAACGGACAUGUUUACAUUAUGCUGUAAGGAGAAGAUUCACUUUUCUGGACUAUCUGUUAAUCAUCAUCUUGAUGCCGGUCUUGCUCCUGGGCUACAUUAUAAUGGAAUCAAAGAAGAGUCGUAAUGAAAUAUUGAUCAAGCUAUUGUUGUCGGCUAAAGUGGAUGUAAAUGCAACAGACAAUAAUGGUAAUUCGGCUCUUCAUUAUGCAUGCCAAAUGAAAAAUAAGAGAAUUGUCUCCAUUCUCGUUAAAGCAAAUGCGGAUGUCACCAUUGCCAAUAAGAAUGGAGAAACUCCUCUGGAUAUUGCAGCAAGAUUGAAGUUUCCAAAAAUUUUAGCUGUGCUGCUACGAAAGGAAGCCUGAAGUUUUCUGGAAUCAAUGGUUAUAUGUAGCAAAUAAAUGAGUUUUGUACAUUUUGAAAUGAAUGGGGAAUCUGAUUUUAUUUAUUUAAUACACUGUUUAGUUUGAUCAGGUGGUGAUGUAUUCCCCCAUUCCCAGAUUCAUGAACAUAAAGUU